UCAUAACAAAAGAACGGCUCGAAUUGAACGGUUCGCAUUCGCACUCGCACUCGUGAUUCGUGAUCAGACGCGUCGAUAUUUUGGUGUUUUUUGAAUGUUUCAUCUGAAUUGUUUGGCAUUAUUUUGUGUUGUUUACGUCGCUUGUUUGCAACAUUUUGAACGCGCCGGUUGUGCGACAUUCGCCGCGUAGUGCUCAAUAUAAUAUUAAUAAAUAUAUAUUACAAUAUCAAUGCUGCCACACUGCAAAUAAAGUGAUCAUAUUGAAUGUGCAGAGAGAGCAGAAAGUGAGUGCCAAUAAGUGAAGAUUCAAAUAAAAUAUGUGCUCAUCGCGUUGGAAUCGACGAAAAGCAAGAGCCUAGCGAAAGUUUUAGCGUAGCACCCAAGAAAUUAAUUAAACACAAUGAGCUCAUUCCUCAUGGGUUAUCCACAUGCACCGCAUCACGUCCAGAGCCCCAUGUCCAUGGGCAAUGGCCUGGAUCCAAAGUUCCCGCCGGUUGCCGAUGACUAUCAUCACUACAAUGGUCACUACUCCAUGACCGCCUCGACGGGUCACAUGGGUGGCGUUGGCGUCGGUGUCGGUGUUGGUGUUGGCGUUGGUGUUGGGGUCGGCGGUGGUGGCGGCGGGGGCGGUGCACUGGCUGGCAGCGGCGGCCCUGGCAUGUCGGGCCACCCGCACGCCACACAUCCGGCGGAAAUGGUCAAUGAUUAUAUGGCCGCCGCAGCGCAUCACCACAACCAACAGCUCCCGCACUCGCAUCAUCACAGCAACAGCGCACUCUCGGGCCACCAUCACCAGAAUGCCGGCUACACAUCGAACUACGCGACCACGCCGCCCUCCCAUCAUCCGCACACGCAUCCGCACCAGAGCCUUGGCUACUAUGGCCAUCAUGCGGCGGCCGCCGCUGCUGCUGCCGUGCACCAUGCCCCCGAGUACAUCUCCGCCGGCGUGGUGCACUCCGAGGGUGGUUAUGGGCCGCCGCCGUCGGUGAAUGUGCCAAACAGCAACACCGCCAAUGCCUCCAAUGGAUACUAUGGUGGCUACUACGGCACCACCAACGGCAGCGUGGGCAGCACGCACUCGCAGGGCCAUUCGCCACUCUCCUCCCAGAUGAUGGACCUGCCACUGCAGUGCUCAUCAACCGAACCGCCAACGAACACCUCACUGGGUCUGCAGGAAUUAGGCUUAAAAUUGGAGAAGCGUCUUGAAGAAGCCGCGCCAACUGGUCAACAACUGCAAGAAGUUCUACACUGUGAUGAUAUGGGAUCUGAAAAUGAUAUGUCUGAAGAGGAUCGUCUUAUGCUCGAUCGUUCGCCAGACGAGUUGGCGUCCAAUGACAACGACGAUGAUCUGGACUCCGAUAGUGAUGACGAUCUGAUGGCAGAGACAACAGACGGGGAGCGCAUCAUUUACCCUUGGAUGAAGAAGAUUCAUGUAGCGGGUGUUGCGAAUGGCUCCUAUCAACCGGGCAUGGAGCCGAAACGCCAACGCACCGCCUACACACGCCACCAGAUACUCGAAUUGGAGAAGGAGUUCCACUACAAUCGCUACCUGACCCGACGCCGUCGCAUCGAAAUUGCCCAUACGUUGGUGCUGUCGGAGCGCCAGAUCAAGAUCUGGUUCCAGAAUCGGCGCAUGAAGUGGAAGAAGGACAACAAGCUGCCCAACACGAAGAAUGUGCGCAAGAAAACCGUCGAUGCCAAUGGCAAUCCAACACCGGUAGCCAAGAAGCCCACUAAGCGUGCCAGUGCCAAGAAGCAGGCCCAGCAACAGCAACAACAGCAGCAGCAACAACAACAGCAACAACAGCAGCAGCAGCAACAGCAACAGACACCGGUGAUGAAUGAGUGCAUACGUUCUGAUAGUCUGGAGAGCAUUGGCGAUGUCAGCUCAUCUUUGGGCAAUCCUCCGUAUAUUCCUGCGGUUUCGGAGGCGCCUAAUUUGACGGGCUGCGGCAAUGGCAAUAAUGGCAAUGGAUAUCCAGGAUCUCAACAGCAUCAAGUGCACCACAGCAAUAACAAUAAUAAUAACAACAAUAAUAAUAACAACAACAACAGUAGCAACCUCAACAACAAUAACAAUCAAAUGCAUACGGGUCUGCAUCAUCAUCAACAGCAGCAGCAGCAGCAACAGCAAUCCGAUCUCAUGACCAAUCUGCAGCAGCAUAUUAAGCAGGACUAUGAUCUAACCGCACUUUAGGGCAACAGCAAACUGUUGUUGUCCUCGUUGAGCCUUGUACAUUGAAUCCUUUAGUUAGCACCGCAAUACUUUCUGGUAUCCACACACACUCUUUAGUCAGCAUGUAUUGUAACAUACUUUAUUGUAAUCAUAAUGACACCACUUUUUAUACACCCGAUGAACAACGAUUCAAUUGACUCGGGCAAUUCGGAAUAUACAGUGAACAAAAACUUACUUGUAGUUAGUUAAGCACCAAAAACAAGAAAGAAAUCCUCGACCACGGGCUGAAUUUAUGAUAAGCAACAAGGCUGCAAAUCUGAAGAA